AGUAUUCGUUCAUUGUCGGGUUGUUCUCGUUCGUUCCGUUCAGUCGAGUCGUGCCGUUCAUACAGUGACGUUCGCGUGUUAUGUGUUCUUGUGUCCCCAACUCCAACGACAUCCACUGGAUUUCCAUGGUGAUUCGAUCAUCGGUUAAAAGGCUUGAACUGACAGCCACCGGUUACCAGUACCUUGGAGAGCCUUGGCUGCCAUUGAUGGAGUUUCACCUGGAUAGUGCCGAGUAUUGCCAGGCUCAGCACAAAUAAACAGUCUAGUGAGUGAAGAGUGAGCCCAGACGAGGACGAGAGGCCACAUUCUAGCACCGACCGUCAUCUGGUGAGCGACCCGGGAAGAAAAUUCUGCCCUUGGAGGCCGUGUGAAUGGGGUGAAGAGUGAGAAGAGACAAGGGAGUGUUUUAUUUCCGGCUCAUCAACUUGAUGGCAUUCGGUGCGACUUGGUAAACAUUACCUAGGCGAUAUAAUUUUUCUCUCUAGCCGUGGACGAACUGCGUCUCUCUGUGUUCAUGUACGUUCUCAGUGUGAAUGUGAAUCCGAGCUGUGUAUUUAUUUUGCCGAGUUUGUGUUUUGUAUCCGUAGAUUUUGUACGGUAGAUCUGAAUUGAAAGUAUAUUUUUCAAGUGAAACCUUACAUCACACAAAAGCGUAUACGAGUUUUUAUUGUGCGGAAUGAGUAUAGUCAUCGAAAACAUGAGGCAGAAAGAUAUCCGACCUCCUCCCUGUGAGAUAGAGUACAAGAACAUGAAGUUCCUCAUCACGGACAGGCCAACGGAUCAGACCAUCCAGAACUACAUCCAGGAACUGAAGAAGCACAAAGUACGAGACGUAGUGAGGGUUUGUGAGCCGACCUACAAAGUUGAAGAGCUCAAGACUGUAGGCAUCAACGUGACAGACUUAGCUUAUGAUGAUGGUACUUCCCCACCUUCUGAGGUGGUGGACGAGUGGUUUGAGCUGCUCAAGAAGAGGUUCAGAGAAGACCCGGAGGCCUGUGUUGCAGUUCACUGUGUCGCUGGUCUCGGACGAGCACCAGUGUUGGUAGCACUGGCCCUCAUCGAAUUAGGGAUGAAGUAUGAAGAUGCUGUCGAACUUAUUAGACAGAAACGUAGAGGAGCAAUUAAUGCCAAGCAGUUGGCAUUCCUGGAGAAAUACAGGCCAAAGUCUCGGCUCAAGAUGAAGAACGGCCACAAGAACUCCUGUUGUCUGCAGUAAACUCCUGCGUUCUGUUUUAUAGUUUAACUCGAAUUACAAUAUUCUGCAAGUUUACAGUGUUAACAACUAAUAUCUUAGUGACACCUCGGUUUGUAUGUUCAGUCUUUCAUUCGUUUCAUCAUUAAGCUGUACACGCGUAUUCGUACAAAAGUAUUUUGUGUUAUAGUAUUUAAAGCGAUAUUUUCCAGUUAUGGUGGACGAUUACCAUUGUUAGACGUUGGCAGUGGUCAGCUGCAUUUAGUUUACCGUCAUGUUAGUUUACACUUAGCGUAACCCCGCUUCACGUAAUAGUUGUUGUCACGUUAAACUGUUACAGUCUGUCUAUCACCAUUGUAAAUCGCCUUACUAUUUAUUUUCCAGACUCUAUUUUCAGACGUAUUUUCCUCAACACUGCCAAGACCGUCGAGUGGAUGGUAUGAACGGUGGCACGAAUCAUGAAACGUUACUGGAAAGAUUCCCUUCUGUACUGUCGAGUUAGCUCGCCAAUCGUAGUUCGCUUUAAUUAUGAUUUAUCGUUUAGUCCGAGAUAGUACUCUAGAUUUAUAUAUUGUUAAGAGCGUUUUGAAAUUUUAAUUGUAUUCUGUUGAGUUAACAUUGCGAGGAUUUCGUUAAGAUAGGCUGUAGUGUUGAUUGUAUUGACGCAAUAUUGUGUUGGUCUGUCCAUACCCACCACUGGAGCCUGAAAAGCUAAUUUUUCUAAGAUAAGUCCAAUAAGUAAAAUUGGGAUUCAGUAAUUUUAUUUUUGUAAUCACAUUGUUUCCAACAACAAUUUUUCUCACAUUGUAAAAACCCAUUUAAAUCCAUUAUUUAACUUAAUUCAACCUUCUGUGAGGAUGCUUGUAAAAUGUGUGAUGUAUGCAUGAAUGAUCCAACAAUUUAGAAAACCAAAUACUACACUGGAAUUAUAAAUGUAAAAAAAAAUAAUUCAAUAAAAAAGGUAAAACACCA